AGCUGAUACAUAUCCCACACUACUUCACCUUCACCUCCAUCCACCUCUUCUCUCACACUCCAAAUCAUACACAGUAUAGAAUCCAAACGACCUCGACCUCCAAGAUGGAUCCACAUGCGCACAUGGACCACGGUAGCGGCAGCAACAUGCCGGGCAUGGACCACGGCCACAUGGGCCACGGGUCCCCCGACGAGCCUAUGAUGUGCAACAUGAACAUGCUCUUCACCUGGGACACAUCGAACCUCUGCAUCGUCUUCUCCAGCUGGAGGAUUUCCGGCGCGUGGUCCCUGAUCUGGUCGCUGGCUGCUGUGGUGGCGCUUACAGCAGGGUAUGAAGCUGUGCGGGAGGCGAGUAGGAGAUAUGAACAGCAGCUGGAGAGAAGGACUGGUGGACGAACCCAGUCUGUUUCCGAGGAGAAGAAAGGAAAAUUAAUCAAAGCGAUUCUCUAUGGUGUUCAAGUGUUUUAUUCGUUCUUCAUCAUGCUUCUGUUCAUGACCUACAAUGGCUGGAUUAUGAUCGCUGUCGGCGUUGGAGCUACUGUUGGGUAUCUGAUGUUUAGUGGAGCGGGGAAUAGUGCUACGAAGUCGGCAGCGUGUCAUUGAGAGCCGGCGGCAAACUAGGAUGCAUCCCAGGUGAAGGUAAAGACAGGAGCGAAUGGCUCACAACGAUCUUCGAGAUCUGCAUCGCAUAUCAUACCGCAGCAGAAGGCAAUAGAGGGCGAUGAUACACCACACACACACUACAACCCCCUCCACGCCACCUUCGCAACAUGAUCCACCCUCUUCCUCGUACUCUUCACAAAACCCAAAUACCUCAAAUCCGCCAACGAACGCUGAAACAACGCCAUAGUCUUCUCCUCACUUCCCUCUCCAUCCUCAUCAUCCCCAAUAACCGCCUGGAAAG